UAACACUAUAAAGCCAUAUUUAACAGAAGAGAACAAAAAGGAAAGAUUGUGGUGAUGUAUUUCAAUGCUAGAUCCAAGUACAUUGCAUACGGAACCAAAGUUUAUUGAAAUGGACAACAUCAUCCACCUGGAUGAGAAGUGGUACAAUGCCACAAAAAAGAAUAUGACCUUUUACUUGCAUCCAGAUGAGGAUGAGCCCCACAGGACUGUCCGCAACAAGAAUAGCAUUGGAAAGGUGAUGUUCUUAACUGCAGUUGCUAAGCCUCGAUAUGACAAUGAAGGUAAUUGCACAUUCGAUGGCAAGAUAGGCAUCUGGGCUUUUAUACGGAAGGAACCUGCUAAAAGGAGAAGUGGUAGCAGACCAAGAGGGACACUCAUCACCAAGACAAUAACGGUUGACAGGGAUACUAUGAGAUCAUACCUAAUUGGUAAAGUCCUAUGGGCCAUCAAAACUCAUUGGCCUGCAGAAGAUGCGGGGAGAACGAUUUGGAUUCAACAGGAUAAUGCUAGAACUCAUGUCCCAGUUGAUGAUGAAGACUUUGCAAGAGCAGCAGCCCAGACUGGUUUUGACAUCCGCCUCAUCAACCAACCUCCUAAUUCCCCUGAUAUGAAUGUCUUAGAUCUAGGAUUUUUUGCUUCUCUUCAGUCAAAGACAGAUACAACGACCUCUAGAAAUCUGGAUGAAUUGAUUGCAAAUGUCGAGAACGAAUUUCGAAAUUAUGAUGUAAAUGAUUUGAGAAAUGUCUUCCUCACAUUGCAAGGAUGUUUGAUUGAGGUGAUGAAGGCUGGUGGAGAAAACAAAUACAAGAUACCUCACAUGAACAAAGAAAGGCUAGAGGCCCUAGGCCUCCUUCCCAGAUCCCUAAAUUGUGAUCGUCAACUAUAUGAGAGUGUGAUGGAGUCCUUGGGUACCUAGUUGGUUUAGGAUUAUUUAGUGUUGGUAUGAGCCAUGUAAUGGUUGUAUUUUGCCUAGGUGCUGCGGUUUUAUAUUGCUAUUGUGAUAUUUGUACUGGAAUAUGUUGCUGACUACUACUUAAGCUAAGGUAAUUUAGUAGACA